GCCGCGGUGGUCUGGUGCCGGGGAGCGUGGUGGCGUGGCCCGCGGGUCCGGGCGCGGGUCCGGGGAGUCCUUCUCUUGCGCUCGGCGGACGGCGGACCUGCGGAGAUCCUACUUGGGCGUGAGGAGGAGGAGGAAGGGGAUGAUCAGAGCCUGAGUGACCCUGCUUCAGCCUAUCGCGUAAGGAUGAACUGUCGUUCGGAGGUGCUGGAGGUGUCCGUGGAGGGGCGGCAGGUGGAGGAGGCCAUGCUGGCUGUGCUGCACACGGUGCUCCUGCACCGCAGCACGGGCAAGUUCCACUACAAGAAGGAGGGCACCUACUCCAUCGGCACCGUGGGCACCCAGGAUGUCGAUUGUGACUUCAUCGAUUUCACCUACGUGCGAGUCUCCUCUGAGGAGCUGGACCGUGCCCUGCGCAAGGUUGUUGGGGAAUUCAAGGAUGCACUGCGCAACUCGGGUGGCGAUGGGCUGGGGCAGAUGUCCUUGGAGUUCUACCAGAAAAAGAAGUCUCGCUGGCCUUUCUCAGACGAGUGCAUCCCCUGGGAAGUGUGGACAGUCAAGGUGCAUGUGGUAGCCCUGGCCACAGAGCAGGAGCGGCAGAUCUGCCGGGAGAAGGUGGGUGAGAAGCUCUGUGAGAAGAUCAUCAACAUCGUGGAGGUGAUGAAUCGGCAUGAGUACCUGCCCAAGAUGCCCACGCAGUCCGAGGUGGACAACGUGUUUGACACUGGCUUGCGGGACGUGCAGCCCUACCUCUACAAGAUCUCCUUCCAGAUCACUGAUGCCCUGGGCACCUCAGUCACCACCACCAUGCGCAGGCUCCUCAAGGACACCCUUGCUCUCUAGGCUGUGCUGGGUGCCUCGGGUGCUCCUUGAUGGCUUGCAGACCUUGGCUUCUGGGGCUUGUACUGUUAGCCCCUUGGGGCUCUGGAACCUGCUCUGGGUCCUUGGUAAGACUUGGAAGGGCCAUUCCCUGGCUUGCUUGAUGGGUGGCUGCCAGCGUCUGGUCAGCUUCGUAACCUUCUCCGACGGUCAAGUCACCACCUCUCCGGAGGGCCCCCUCCUUGUCCACUGUACAGAAGUGCCAUCACUAGGAUGGUGAAUAAAGUUGAGAAUGUGCAUUGGGGUUGAGCCAUCUCUCCCUCGCUUUGUGUUCUGCCCUGAAACAUUAACACUUUCUGUCAGACUUGUGAGGACACGUGUGUGUUGAGGGCAUUAUUCCAAGAUGGGGGCAAUGGGUGGAUAGGGCUGCAGAUGGAUUAAAGCAGGCCAGUUUGGUACUUUGUUGGACAUUCUCAUAAAGUCACACCUACCUGGGUGUGACCAUGGUCAGUCCCUUGAAUGAGGACACAGAUCAGGACCUAUUGCUUUUAUUUAUUUAAAUUUAUUUUUUGAUUUUAG